UAAGCUGGUGUUUGCCUAUAAGUCACGCAGACCACGCACAGACGUAAAGAGUGUUUGUUUUUUAGAAUUUUUAGGAGCUCUUCUUACAUCUCCAGUCCUCUUCAAAGAAUCUUCAAAAGACAACUCUCAACCCUAGCUUCCUUCUCCAUCGAUCCUCCAGUCGCACCUACACCCCUACUCCACCUCCGCCGCCCCCACGUCGAUCUCCACCUUCUCCAGCCGCCCCUCCACGUCCGCAGACCCCGUCGAUCUCCACCCCCCGUCGAUCUCCCCCGUUGAUCUCCACCGCCCCUCCACCUCCACAGCCGAAAUACACCAUCUGCCAUACACAGACGUUUUUUUAUCUUUCAUUUGCCAAAUUUCAUCAACUUGUUCGACAUACACCAUCUGCCAUACACAGGCUUAUACAGAUAGAUAGUUCAAAAUGCUACAGAAUGUACCUCACCAGAUGAUACAAUCUCCAGCUAGAUUAGGUCUACCAAACCCUAACUCACCAUCUCUACAAACUUCCACUCCCCCAAAGUUCCCGUCACAGGUCCCGCAAUCACAACCAUCCAAUUUGCACCCGAAUCUGUUAACCACCCCCACUUCAUUAACCCUAUUACCGCUUCUUCCUCCGUUAUCUAGGGCUCAGUCUAUCCUUCUAAGAAUGGCUUCUCUUACAACAAGACUUUUUGAAGUAUCUCCUAAUCACACUCAGUGGCUUAGUACGUUUCGCGGUUCGUUUCCAACGUUUUUAUCAACCCAAAACUUAUCUUCAACGGAUUCGAAUCCCGCUAACUCGAAAGAAAUCAUUUCUCUGUUUUCGACUCUUCAAGCUCAACUCUUUGAAGCCGUUACCGAACUUCAGGAGAUUCUUGACCUUCAAGACGCCAAACAGAAAGUUACCCGCGAAAUCCGAUCGAAAGACUCUGCGAUCCUGGCUUUUGCUAACAAACUUAAAGAAGCCGAACGGGUCCUCGAUAUUUUAGUCGAUGAUUAUUCGGAUUACCGUCAAGCGAAACGAUCGAAGGUUGAUGAUAGUGACGAGAGCUCGUCUACCACAACGGUUGCUACGCGUUUGAAUUUGACGGAUAUUUUAUCGUACGCGCAUCGGAUAAGCUACACGACGUUUGCUCCUCCAGAGUUCGGGGCGGGGACCGCUCCCCUUCGUGGGGCCCUCCCGCCGGCCCCACAGGAGGAACAAAUGCGCGCUUCGAUGUUAUACUCUUUCGCCGACUUAGAUGUAGGGUUACCGAAAUCCGACAAUAAAGACAAAUUUACAAUUGAGCCCCUUGUCGAAAACCAAAACGAUCCUAAUCUGCUUGCUAAUAUGGGAAUUAAGGAUAUGCUUCCGCCAAACAUUGUUGUACCGUCGGGAUGGAAGCCCGGGAUGCCGGUGCAGUUGCCGACGGAUCUACCGAUCCUGCCGCCAGCUGGAUGGAAGCCCGGGGACCCGGUUGCUUUGCCUCCGUUGGAAUCGCUUUCUGUUCCUCCUAGGAUUGAGGAACAACAACCUCAACCGGUUCAUGUUCCUCCGUUUGCAAAGGGCCCGCAACCUAUACAGGUGCGACAUGUUCAACUGGAUAUUGCUGAUGACAGUAGUAGUGAAUACACCACUGAUGAGUCAUCAGAUGAUGAAGAUUGACAACAAGCAUCAUGUUAUUUAGGUUUUUAUUUUUUUUAAAUGGUUUCUUAUUUGGGUAUGUAUGUAAUAGAUCAUGAAAUUUCGUAUUCAUACUAUUUCUAUAUUCCGAUUUUAGUAUUUUUUUUAUAUCCA